AUGUCGGUGAAAGAGUCCAAGCCAAAUCUCACCAUUUCUCAAGCUACCGACAUCACAGGACGACUUUUUGGCCUGACUGCGUCCAGCGUCCGUCCACUGCCCAGUUACGAUGACCAGAACUUCCAUGUGGUCUCUUCAGAAGGUGGACAGUAUGUGCUAAAGGUCAUGAACUCUGCAGACAGCCAGAAUCCCACUCUGCUGGAGGUCCAAACCCACACCAUGAACUUCUUAUGGCAGAAAGGACUUCCUGCCCAGACUGCUGUCCCCACGGUAACCGGUCAGCUGAUGAGUUUUGAGGAAAUCGAUUGUGGUUUUGGGGUGCAGAAAUAUCUGGUGCGUUUGCUGACCUUCCUGCCCGGCACCACGAUAGCGAAGGUGACCUGCACUCCGCAGCUUUUAUACAAAGCUGGAAGAACGGCCGCCACCAUGGACACCACUCUGCUGCAGAUGGAGCAUCCACACCUGAGUGUUCUUCAGAGGGAGAACUUCAUCUGGAGUUUAGCGAGUGUUCCUCUGUUGGAACAGUUCCUGUCUGUGCUGGAUGGAGAUCCGAUGCAGGAGGUGGUGAAGAAAGUUAUUGAACAGUUCAAAAUCCAUGUGGUGCCAAAGCUGAACUCCUUCCGCAAAUGUAUUAACCACGGAGAUUUCAACAAUCACAAUGUUCUGGUUGAAGCUGAUGGUCCGUCCAGCUACAGGAUCAGUGGCAUUCUGGACUUUGGAGAUAUGAGCAAUGGGUAUUUUGUGUUCGAGCUGGCCAUCACCAUCAAUUACAUGAUGAUCGAGAGGCCCAGGCCGUUAGCGGUGGGGGCAGCGGUGUUGGCGGGCUGGGAGAGCGUAAUCCCCCUGAACCCAGAGGAGAGAGAUGUGCUGUACCUGCUGGUUCUGAGCCGCUUCUGUCAGUCUCUGGUUCUGGCUCGCUACACUGUUCUCCAGCAGCCUGAAAACGAGGAGUACCUGAUGAUCAUGGCGAGGCCUGGCGCCCGGUUGCUGCAGCUGCUCUGGGAGACGGGCAGAGACGAGGUGGAGAAGAUCUGGUUCAACGGCGCCGCAGAGUUCUUACAGAACAGCCAUAUAACAGACACAGAGGGAUAA